GCAGGAGGCGUGUGGUCGCUCCGCAACCUGUCAAUCUCGGUCCCGCGAGCAGUGCUCUCAGGCGAAGGUCAAGCAGCAGUGCUGCGGUGCUCGUAUGAGCUGGAGGGCGCAGCUCUGUACUCCAUACGCUGGUACCGCGCCGAGACGGAGUUCUACCGCUACGUGCCGCGCGAGAUGCCACCCACCAUGGUAUUCCCGCUGCCCGGCGCUUCUGUUGACCUGACGCAAUCGGACGAGCUGCAGGUGCGCAUAGUGAACCUGAACCGGCGGCUGAGCGGGCAGUACCAGUGCGAGGUCUCGGCGGACGCGCCGCUGUUCCACACUGACAUCGCCUCAGCACCGCUGACUGUCGUCGAUCCACCGUUUCGCGCCCCGCGCGUGCACGUCUCGCGAGGGAGCUACGCUCGUGGUGACGUCAUCCGCGCUAACUGCACCAUCGACGAGGCCUACCCGGCGCCCAACAUCACCUGGAUACUGGAUGACCACAAAAUAGCGGAGUCAAUAGCGUGGUCAACAUCGGAGCUGGACUUCAAAGAGCGCGCAGUGGUUAGCCAGCUGGAGCUUACAGUAUUGGAGACAGAGCACUACAAGGUCGGCCUCACGUACACCAGCAGCAGCCUGGCGCGGUCCUACUACCACGACAACUACAUCUACGACCGGGAUGCCGACAGCGAGGAUCGGGAGCUCUUAAGGUACACGAUGGCGCCCCCGUCAAGCGGGCAGUUCUCUCUGAGCUGCGUGGCCACUAUCUUCGACGUGUACAAGCGCCGCAGCGAGGCAGUCACCAUUCGAGAAGACGCACCGCACCCCGCCUCUGUCACUGGAGAAGAUUCCGCAGGGUCGUCACUGGCAGGCAGCGUCCUCCUGGCAGCAUGUCUGUCGGCGGCGGCGCUGGCCCUGCCGCGGCGCGUGUUAUGAUGUCGCCGGCCGCGCGCACGCCCCGCCCACACUGAAUGUUGUGAUAGAACCUACGAUAGUACUCAUUUGUACUAGCCUAACAUUUAUUUCAAUGUUGCAGAUUUAACUUUAUGUGAAUAUGUAAAUAAAGUCAUUAGUUACACAAA